UCCUCAUUCUUCGGACUAAGGAAAUCACUUCAACCGGACAGACGCAUAGGCUACGUGAUUUCCAUAAAACAGAAUAGCACGCAUGAGAUCCGUACUACCACGCUCUAAUUCCGAAUUUUCAUUGAAUGUUUUAUUUAUUCGGUUAGGGCUCGAUCUGCAAGAAUGAAAGCGCCAGUUAAAAAUUUUGGUCUGAAUUCUUUUUAGACGGAGAACUGGUAAACCAAAACUUCGAUAAUACUCUUCAAAUUAGUUUUUCCUGAGUUUUACAACAACUGAAGCAGGAAUUGCAUUAUUACCUAGUAAAUGACCGCCAAUCAAACUUAAAAAUAAUACUUUAGGGACUAUAUUUUAUAUUGUGAAUUUUAAAAACCCUUUUUAAAUUUCCGCGCAGAAUUUGUACCUCUGUCUACGCAUGAGAAUAUGGCUGACAGUUCAAGCAUAGAUUAUUCGAGUAUCCCGUUGAUAGCUUUAAAUUUCAGUUUGAGGAAAGAGCUUGGACUUCACUUAAAUCCGAGGAAUACUGUUGCUGCAGACUGGGCUACAAUGGCUGAAAUGAUGGGUUUCAGUUAUAUUGAAAUAAAAAACUACGAAAAAUACGAUAACCCAACUGCAAAGAUUUUAGAAGACUGGCAGUCACGAUGUCCCAAAGCCACAGUGGGAAAGUUGGUGUCCAUGCUUGAAGAAGCGGAGAGAAAGGAUAUUCUGACCGAGCUAGCCUCCUUGAUUGAAAAGGACUGCAUUGCAUAUUUGAAGCGGAAGGAGGAGUCACCAGUUCAGGUACCUGAAGUAGACAGCUGGACACCUGAUAAGAAUGGCAUAACAACGAAAGACGAUCCGAUGGGCAACAUGCCCGAAAUGUUUGAUGCCUUCAUCUGCUACUGCCAGAGUGACAUUGAGUUUGUCCAUGAGAUGAUCCGACAGCUGGAGCAGACGGUCUACAGGCUUAAACUGUGUGUGUUCGACAGGGAUGUUCUCCCGGGCACUUGUGUUUGGACUGUCACCAGUGAACUCAUCGAAAUGAGGUGUAAGAGAAUGGUUGCAGUGAUUUCGGAUGAAUACCUUGACAGUGAAGCAUGCGACUUUCAAACCAAGUUUGCUCUCAGCCUCUGUCCAGGAGCGCAAAAGAAACGUCUCAUCCCAGUGUUGUACAAGCCAAUGAAGAAGCCUUUCCCGAGCAUCCUGCGCUUCCUGACUGUAUGCGACUACACCCGGCCCUGCACCCAGUCUUGGUUCUGGGGCAGACUGGCUAGAGCUCUGUCUCUCCCGUGAUGGCCUACUCUCAAAUCACCACGUUGUGUGUGCUUUUCGGAAGUAGCGUUGCUUGUAUUUGGGUGUGUGGUAGUUGGAGGGAAGUUCAAGGCCCGACAGCCUGUGCGCAUUGCUUAUUUUCCAGCUCUUCUGCGACAUAGACCCACGCUGAAGACUUCAUGCAAAUUUCCAUGUUUGCUCAGUGAUUUUUUUUUUUGUGAAUAAGAGGCCUCAUGAACAUUGAGUUUUGAAAUAUAAAAUCAAAGACUGAAAAAGCAACAGGA